AUGUAUUUGUCUCUUAUGCAGGAGCCCAAACACUUUGAUUCUUUCCAGGAGUGGCCUGAUGGGUAUUUGCGAUAUAUCUAUACAAUUGAAGAUAAAAAUGCACAAAGGCAUCUUAGUGGUUGGGCCAUGCGCAACACCAACAACCACAAUUGCCAGAUCCUCAAGAAAUCCUGCCUUGGCGUGGUAGUGUGCGCCAGAAAUUGCACCCUGCCUGAUGGGACAAAGCUGCAGCUUCGGCCUGCUAUUUGUGAUAAGGCUCGACAAAAGCAACAAAAAAAGCAUUGUCCCAACUGCGGCUCGACUCUUGAACUGAUUGCUUGCCGAGGACAUAGUGGCUAUCCAGUAACAAACUUCUGGAGACAUGAGGGUAAAGCAAUAUUUUUCCAGACAGGAACAGCAUGCAGUGAGAAUGGUAAUCACUUUCCCUACAUCCAUCCGGUAUCAUAUGAAGAAGGACCAGAAAAAUUUAGCAUUUUCCCAGAUGCCAGCCUGCCACUGCUUGCUCAGUCUCACUUAUUUCCAAGUUCAGAAGCGUACCACAUUACUUACGAUGCAACCAAUUUUCAAGGGGAUAUAGCAUCACCACUCCAGAACUCUCCAACCUCCCAAAUCUACACCUCUAAAUCAAGUUGUGGCUAUGACUGUGCAUUUCCUGGUUAUGUCAGUUCCAAUUUAUAUCCUACAUUUCACAAAGAGGUAAUGGAUAUUCCAAUGGACACUGAUCACUUUUUGCUGAAUGGACUUCAGUGUCAUGCAACUUCGCUCAGUGUCCAUGAGCAUCAGGGGAUGAAACAGUCCUUAGGAGAAAAUAAUUAUGGAGAAAAAAUUAGCUAUGGUCUCUGUCAAGCCAAUGCUAACUAUCCUCAUUAUAGUGAAGAAUAUGCGUAUAAAUACAGCAGUCACUCCUCUCUAAAUGUUCCAACUCUGCAAACUGUUAUAACCGCAACUACAAAGAUGUCCCUUGAAGCCUAUAAAUCUCCUGCUGUGAAAUAUCCUGACAGUUUCUGUGAUACAAAGGAUAUGCUUAGUUGUCCCCUAGUAACAGACAUUUCAGGAAAUUUUUGCUCAGAAAUCAGCAUUCAAGAUGAAGAUUGGGCCAUGAGCAAAUCAACUUUGACUGGUGAGCAUUUGAUGAGUCCUAAUAAAGCAGGACAUGUAGUGGCAGUGGAUACUUGUGAGAAUAAUCCAGGUACUGAAAGAAACUAUAUUGGCUACGAAGGACCAACAUUCUCAUUUGAAAAUACUGAAGCCCAAAUGCAGUAUCAUUAA